AUGAGUUAUAAAGAAAAUUUCAAAAAUUCAUUCUUUUUCGAUGUUUUAGAAUAUAUGAACUGGGUACAAUUUGAAGAGUAUCCUGUUAAUGAACAAGAGGUUCCUAGUGCUGCCAGUACUUGUUCUAAUAAUUCUAAUAAAAAUCUAAUAUUAGAUGAAGGUGAAGAUAAUAAAUCAGAUAUAUCUACCGAAGUCGAAAAGGAUUUAGAAAAAAAUAGUUGUAUACAGAAUUGUGAUUCAAUGGCAGAAUCUAGCUUAAAGGGAAAAGAAGGUACAGAAUUUGAUCCUUUCUUAGUGGAUUGGCAUGGUCCUGAUGAUCCAGAAAAUCCAUUAAAUUGGAAACCUUGGAAAAAAGGUUUAAUAAUGUUUGAAGUUAUGUUAUUAACUUCUAUCAAUUAUAUGGGUUCAUCAAUUUAUACUCCAGGUCAAGAAGAAAUCCAACGAGAAUUCCAUGUUGGACAUGUAGUUGCUACUCUAAACCUUUCCAUGUAUGUUUUAGGGUACGGUAUUGGCCCCAUGAUUUUAUCUCCAUUAUCCGAAUAUGCAAGAUUCGGUCGUUUGCAUAUCUAUAUCAUUUCAAUGUUUCUAUUUACAAUAUUCCAAAUUGGUGCUGCAACUGUACAUAACAUUGGUGGUUUAAUUGUUAUCAGAUUUAUCUCUGGUAUAUUAUGUUCACCUGCCUUGGCCACGGGCGGUGGUACCUUAGCAGAUUUCCUAGAUCCCAAAACAUUACCCAGGUAUAUUGGACUUUGGUCACUUGGAUUCAUGUCUGCACCAGUAAGUGCGCCAUUAUUAGGUGCAUGUAUGGUUGUUGCUAAAGAUUGGAGAUGGAUCUUUUGGCUAUUAUUAUUCAUGAGUGUUGCAUUAUUUGUCAUGUUAAUAUUUUUCUUUCCUGAAACUCAUCAUGGUAAUAUCUUGCAUCGUCGUGCCCAAAGAUUAAGGAAAGAGACUGGUGAUGAUCGUUAUUAUACUUUACAAAUCCGUGAAGAAGCUAAUUUGACAUUGGGUCCAUUCUUGAAGAAAUGUCUUUUGAAACCUUUCAAGUUGAUUAUCCAAGAACCUAUUAUUUUGUCUUUUGAUUUAUACCUUGCAGUAUGUUAUGGUAUUUUCUAUCUGUUUUUUGAAGCCUUCCCACUUGUAUUUGUAGGGAUUUAUAACUUCACAUUAAUUGAAUUGGGUUUAUCAUAUUUAGGCUUUUGUGUGGGUUGUGUCUUUGCCUAUCCAAUCUUCUUGACAUUUUUCAAUAAAUUCAUUACUCCCAAAUUCGCUAACAAUACUUUUACUCCAGAACAUUUCAUGGUAUUAAGUAAAUACAUCUGUUGGUUUUUACCUUUGGCUCUAUUUUUCUUUGGUUGGACUGCAAAAGUUCAUUGGAUCUUACCCAUCAUCUCUGAAAUGUUUUUUGUCAUUGGGGUAUUCAACUUAUUCCAAACUCUCUUCUCCUAUUUAGCUCUUUGCUAUACUGAACAUUUAUCAUCAGUAUAUGCAGGUAAUGGGUUUUUCAGAUCUAUUUUCGCCUCUGCAUUCCCAUUAUUUGGUCAAGCCAUGUUUAACAAUUUGGGUACCAAGAAUUAUCCUGUAGCAUGGGGGUCUUCCUUACUAGGAUUUAUCGCUAUAGGGUUGACUUUGAUUCCCAUCGUGAUAUACAAGUAUGGUGGAUAUCUACGUAGUAAGUCGUCUUUCAGUGGAUAG